AUGACAACCAAGGGAAGCAAGGGAAGCUACUUUGGCACCGAGGCCCUGAAGAAUCUGGUCCUGCACUUCCUACAGCAGUACUAUGCAAUCUAUGACUCUGGAGACCGGCAGGGACUCCUGGACGCCUACCACGACGGGGCAUGCUGCUCCCUGAGUAUCCCCUUCACCCCCCAGAACCCCGCACGAAGCAACCUGGCUGAGUACUUCAAGGACAGCAGGAAUGUGAAGAAGCUGAAAGACCCCACCCUGCGGUUCCGCCUGCUGAAGCACACGCGUCUCAAUGUCGUUGCCUUCCUCAACGAGCUGCCCAAGACUCAGCAUGAUAUUAACUCCUUCGUGGUCGACAUAAGUGCCCAGACUAGCACGCUGCUGUGUUUCUCUGUCAAUGGCGUCUUCAAGGAAGUGGACGGGAAGUCCCGGGAUUCCUUGCGAGCCUUCACGCGGACGUUCAUCGCUGUUCCUGCCAGCAAUUCAGGGCUGUGCAUAGUGAAUGACGAGCUGUUUGUGCGGAACGCCAGCCCUGAUGAGAGCCAAAGAGCCUUCGCCAUGCCUGCACCCACGCCUUCCUCCAGCCCAGUGCCCACCCUCUCCCCGGAGCAGCAGGAAAUGCUGCAGGCCUUCUCCACGCAGUCUGGCAUGAACCUCGAGUGGUCCCAGAAAUGUCUGCAGGACAACAACUGGGACUAUACCAGGUCUGCCCAGGCCUUCACUCUUCUCAAGGCCAAGGACAAGAUUCCUGAAGUGGCUUUCAUGAAGUGAUCCAGAGUCAUCCCAGAAGCCCCUGUAAAUAAAUAGCCCUUGGAUAGCCC